AUGCGCUGUGCUUUAAACUCACUAUCUAAUUCCAACAAAAGUCAUGGGACUUCGUUACAACGUCUCCCUUUACAUUUUCAUUCGAAUAAAUAUAUCGAUGUCUCACAACCUACAAGAUUCAAAGAGAAAGUUAUUGACACACCAGGACCAAACGCAUAUGACCCAAAAAGUGGUGCGAUUUCAAGAAGGUGGUUAAGGCGUUUUCAACCUAAACCUUUUGAUGCUACGUCUGAAAGGUUCACUACCCAAAGUGACGUAAGACCAGCCCCAAAUAGUUAUAAUAUUGAUGAUGGAUUGACAUAUCGCCUAGAUUUUUCACAACUUGGAAAAUGUGUGGGAUUCGGCUCAACAGCUAAACGUAUGAAUGAUAAGUUAGUUUUCGGUGGAAAAUUUAGCGGUGGAUUAAGUGACAUUCCUGGCCCUGGACAGUAUAAUCCACAAAAAUGUGAUGGAAAAUAUACUUCGAAAGCUGUUGGAAUUCCAAAGGCAAAAAGGGAGAUAUCGAUGCCUCAAUCGUCAGUGCCCCCACCCGGCACAUAUGAUUUUGGAAAAUCUUUUGAUGUGACACAAUGCAAACGUAUUCCCGCUGUACCUCGUACUAUAGAAGGUAGGCAAAGAAGAAAUUGCUUCUCAAAUACUGCAGAAAGAUUCGGUAAACAUUCUGCGUUGGGUCCAAAAAACCCUGAUGUGCCAGGUCCAGCAAAAUAUUAUAUAUUGGAAAAUAAACCUCAAAAAGGGAAGUUUGUUUAUCAGUCGGAGAGAUUCAAAGAAACAGAAAAAGAACAACUUCCUGGUCCAGCAGAUUACGAGUUAUCAGCCACCGUUGCUGACUCAGUACUGAAAACUACAUUCAAUGUAACGUUGGAUAAUUCAUAUUCAUCUAAUAAAUGGUCUGAUGAAUCUAUGCCAGUAAAACUAUGAUGUAAUACUACUAUUCUGUCAUAUUUGCAUUGUGUAGUCUUUUAAAUAAUUAGGAAAUAAAAGAA